AUGGCCGUCAUCUACAGGAAUUCAAAUCAAUAUCCUCAAAGUAGUGGAAUUCGAUAUCCACCUGUGCAGUAUGCUCCUCCUCAAACACAACCUUUCUCUCAGCAGCCACCAAAGCCACCAACGCCACCGGCUGAGCUUACAGCGCCAACUGUUCCUGCUCCUGCUACAGAAGUAUGGGCCCCACCACCGGACGAAGAGCGCUUCGUUAGAACAAUCUGGCAGGAGCCAAAAAACAUGGUGAGGGGUGGCUGUUGUUCACCAUCGUGCAAAAAUUGUCUGUUUGGCUUACUAUGUGGUUUAUUACUGUGUGGCAUUGGACUGGCUGUCGUUUUAACGCUAUGGCUGACAAACAACGAUGGUUUGCCUGUUGGAACGGUGAUGUUGUACACAGGUACAAGUGUUCCAUCGAAGUGGUUAAGAUGUGACGGUUCAGCUGUUUCUCGUUCAACCUAUUCACAGCUGUAUUCUGUUAUUGGUACGCUCUACGGUACAGGCGACGGCGUUGAUACAUUCAAUUUGCCGGAUUUCCGCGGUCGGUUUCCGUUGGGCCUGAACAGCACCGCUCAAGAAGUGGCCGGCAUUAAUCAGAGCGGUAGUCGUACACACGUUCUCACUGUUAGUGAAAUGCCUGCGCAUAAUCAUGGCACUGGAACAUUGGUAACACUGACUGACGGUAAUCAUUCCCACAGCAUCACAGACCCGGGCCACAAUCACGGUGGCUCAACCGGGACAGCGGCUUUUGGGAGUGGAUCUCUUUCUCUAGAUUACUCAGAGACAGGCACCGGAAGCAUCUCGGAAACUCAUUCUCACACGAUUUCUAGCAGCACUACGAACAUAGUAAUCAAUGCAGGUGGCUCCCAUACUCAUACAAUAAGCGGAUCGACAGCCACGAAUGGUUCGAGUCAAGCGAUGAGCCUGAUGCCACCUUAUCAAACGGUUGACUAUAUUAUUCUUACACAACAGUUAAAGAUUUAUAACUGAAUAAGCAAACAACAUUACCCAAAAAUACUUUUUCUUUCCAUUGCUAUUCUGACAUAUUCUAUUGUGUAUUUGUAAAGAAGCCCUACCUUCCACUUAAACAGUUAAUUGGCCACAUUUGAAUAGGCUUCCUAUUACUCCACAUAAUUUCCACUAACAGUAUCUUUUUGCAAUCAUUAAAAGAAAAUGAUGACAUUUUCUCUUCUAAAUAAUCUCGAAGGCCUUAUUAAAAUUCUCUUCUGUUUCUCCUUGUGACUAACAAUGACCCGAAAAAACCGUCAAUUUUUUUUUGUUGUAGUGACAGUGGUAUUGUAAGACAAACUGCCUGUUCACUAAAAUACCUGUGCAAAUAUUUUUUCUAAAUUCAAGUAUGUUUCUGGAGAGAAGAAACAAUUAAAAUAAAAAGAAAGCGAGAAGUCUUAUUGUGAACAAAUCUGCUAAAGUUUAUUUCAUGUAUAACAACAAAGAGAAUUGCACAAGAAUGGCGUUCUUCUACAGGAAUUGAAAUCAAUUGAAAUAAAUCACCAUGAGUUCUAGGGGACUGUUUAUUUAUCAUUAAUGUGAGCAGAAACGUUAAACGAUGUUCUUACACAAUUUAAGAAACCUUAAAACAGAUUUCGGAGCCCAAAAAAUGGUGAGAGGUGAUUAUCUGGUUCGUGUACGCUUGAUGUGAUAGUCUAUCUUUGAAAGUUCCGCUUUGUAGAAAAGAACUAAAAUGACACACGUUACCGGUUGUGUCCAUUAUUGUUUCCAAUUAAUUCGUACUUUUUAUUAUGAUUCAAAUUUUCACUCAAUAUUACAUUUUUACUGUGUCUGUUUUAAAGCAUAUUGUCACCCACAAGCUACCCUUCGGCUCUACAGAUAGCACUUUUCAGGAAACAAAGCUUGAUAUGUGAACCAAAUAACAUAAUUGAAUAAUUUUUCAAAUGUUUGCU